ACAAAUUAUCUAGCACUUGUUGUCAUAUUUAAUAUUUCGAUUUUAUCGUAUUGUGAAAAUUUGAUGUAUUGUGAUUGACCGUUUUGUUUAAAUUUGUCAUAGUUUGUGCGAAAUAGUUUAAGCUCACAAUAUUAUUUGUUGAUAAAUAUAUUUUCGUAAAUAAUGAAAACAUAUUGAAUACUGUGCAAUACACAAUUUGGUUGCCAAAAUGAGUCUAUUUGGUUCCAGUGGAUUCGGUUCAAACACCGUCUUUGGUUCUAACACUGCUACCCAAAAUCCUAUGAAAGAUUAUGAAGUUGUAUCUCCUCCGGAUGAUUCCAUCAGCAGUUUGGCAUUUAGUCCUGCGUCUUUACCCCAAAAUUUUUUAAUUGCUGGCAGCUGGGAUAAUCAGGUCAGAUGUUGGGAAGUUCAGAACACUGGGCAAACAAUUCCUAAAGCUCAGCAAACACACCAAGGUCCUAUUUUAGAUGUUGCUUGGAGUGAUGAUGGAUCAAAAGUAUUCUCUGCAUCAUGUGAUAAAACAGUGAAGAUGUGGGACCUUAACAGUAAUCAAGCCAUUCCAGUUGCUCAACAUGAUGCACCUGUGAAAACAGUUCAUUGGAUAAAAGCUUCUAAUUAUUCUUGUAUAAUGACAGGAAGCUGGGAUAAAACAUUAAAGUUUUGGGAUACAAGGACUCCUAAUCCUAUGUUGGUUAUUAAUUUACCUGAAAGGUGCUAUUGCGCUGAUGUGGUUUAUCCAAUGGCAGUAGUGGGAACUGCUGGACGAGGGAUUAUUGUUUAUCAGUUAGAAGGACAACCUCAGGAAUUUAAAAAAAUAGAAUCACCUUUAAAAUUUCAACAUAGAUGUGUAUCAAUAUUUUUGGAUAAAAAAUCUGCACCUUGUGGUUUUGCUCUCGGAAGUGUAGAAGGACGAGUAGCCAUUCAAUAUGUAAAUCCUCAAAACCCAAAAGACAACUUCACAUUCAAAUGUCAUAGAUCAAAUGGAACUUCAAAUGGCUAUCAAGACAUAUUUGCUGUAAAUGAUAUAUCUUUUCAUCCUGUUCAUGGGACAUUGGCCACUAUUGGCUCUGAUGGUAGAUUCAGCUUUUGGGAUAAAGAUGCACGAACUAAGCUGAAAACUUCAGAUCCUAUGGACCAGUCAAUCUCUCGUUGCUGUUUCAAUGCUAGGGGAGAAAUAUUUGCAUAUGCAGUUAGCUAUGAUUGGUCUAAGGGCCAUGAAUUUUACAAUCCUCAAAAGAAGAAUUAUAUCUUUCUACAUCCGUGUUUUGAAGAAUUGAAACCCAGAAACAAAAACUGAUAAUAAAGAUUCAUGGAUCUCUGUAAAAACAGACCAUGAUUGAAGAUAUUCGUUCUCAUGUAAAAUGGAAAUAUGUUUGUAAAUGUAGUGCCAUUGUAAAAUUAAGGAAUCAGCGUCAUUUCAUUUUUUGUGGUUGUCUUCAUUCUUAAUAAAAUCCAUACAAAAUUU